AUGCCAGGCUUCGCGCACGACGACGACCGGCCGACCACUCCCACGGGUCCGUCCAGGACACACAGGGCAAACGGGACCAUGCGCGCACUCAACACGAACCCGCCGAGACAGGAAACCUUCUUCGACGAUGCGACGCCCGUGGACAAUGCAAGAGACUCGAGGGCCGAAUCAGAGCCAGACCAGCUGCGCGACUCCCACGACCUCUCUUUCGCCGAGGGAGCUACUGCACGGGACUCGGUGGUCGACAACAUGCUGCUUUCACUAGACCAAUUCUCGACAGGGAACAUGUUUGGCGGCGCAUCAUCGAGCGGCAGGCGUGAAGACGAUUCCUUCUUCAUCACAGACAACUCAUACAGACCACCAGGGAAUCGCAAUCGAGGGCACACGUACACGACGUCUGGCUCCUCUGACUACGACCUACACGUCGACGAAUCGACGCCUCGAUUCCCAUCCCACUCGCGCGCACGAAGAAGCAACAGCAGCAACAACGUUGCCUCGCCCACGAACAGGAAUGGAAGCGCACGAGACCCUUAUGCACGGCGACAAGCAAACGGUGCAUACGGGCAGUAUCAGCAGACAGCACAUAUGAGAGGCGGCGCCAACAAGGGCAGUAAGAGCAGCGGCUCGUCGAGCAUGGAUUUUGGGCAGACUGGCAUAUUGGGCACACAUCGUUUGGGUUUUGGAAAGCGUUCUGCCAGCUUCGAUCACAGCAACAGAUCUGGUAUGCCCUCUGUGAACAACGAUUCCGUCUUAGAUAGGGGGAGAACUGCCUAUAUGAACUACGACCAGGACUACGACGCUGCUCCUGAACCUACCAUCCCCGCAGGGCCCAGGAGACAGCAGCCACCAUCGCAGUCGACUGUUGCACAAUCUCCUCUGCAGCCAGCAUAUGCACCUCCUAUGGCUCCUGUACCUCGUCGCAGGGGUAGUGUCCAUUCGAACACGAGUUACAGAACCUUGAGGAAAGGUAAGAGUCAGCUCGAGCCAAGCAUGAGAGCUCAGGCGCAGGAAUUUGUCAAUGCUAGCACGUUGCGUGACCUACCAUCCGUACCAGUAUUCCAGGAAUCAACGGCGCCAGCUCCAACCGUGGGAACGCGAAAGUCACUUUUUGGAUCCCAAGACCCUGCUCCUGCACCUAAAGAAAGGCCGGGCUUCUUCAGGCGAGUGUUCGGCGGAAGCUCUUCAAAAGUUCAAGCACAGCCAACGGUUUCUUCUCAUGCCUCAAAUACGGCACCUAUGGAGCCUUUGGCCUCCUCUCAACUGCGACCUGCUGAGAUCGAUUCGAUAUACUCUAAUAACCGACCGCGAACAACACCUAGUAAUAAUGCGCACAUCGCUAAUCAGCGAAAAUCCUUACCCAAGAUGCCACAGACUGCUGUAGCGCAUUCAAACGAGAUGCAGCCACCCGCACCACCUGUUUUGGCCAAAAAACCCUCGUCCUUCUUCAGGAGGCGCAAGAAGUCCAUUUCGGAAACCACGAAGCCUCCAAUAAUGUCUCUUGAAUUUGCACCUCCCUCGAAGCCGUUCAUUGCUGCACAGCCGAGCCCAAGUGUCAGCAGUUUACGCCAGGUUAUGAACCCGUAUCUGGUUGAGUCUCCAGUUACAGGUGAGAAAUUUUACGAUACUCGCGAGCAUCAACGAAUUGGAGGCGAGAAGAAUGGUGAGCGUCCCCAAGGAUUCUCGCCUGGCUACAAACCUCAUAAAGAUGCAACAGUGCGCACCGUGAAACAAAGUCCUCGAGAUGGCUCACCUCCUCCGUCGUCUCGCAGCGAACAAGUGAAGAGCUCAGAGUUACAAAGCACAAGCAGCCCCAAACUGAAGCUUAAGGUAAAGCAUGGAAAACCAGCACCAGCUGUGGUGAUACCGCAGGAAGAUACCUUCCUUGCAGACAGUAGCAGCUGCAACGAAGACCGAAGUGGACGCGCGACCCCCGUACACGAACCCAGUGACGCGGUUGGAAUGCGGAAGUUCAGUCCUGGCCCCACCUCUUCGUCACUCAACCAAACUGCGACGGAAGGAACGAGCGAACCCAAAGCACGCGGAGAACCCCAGACUGGACUACUGACACCUAGCGCGAGGGUGACGUCUGGCAGCGGGUCUGCUUCGCAACCAGCAUCAGCAGCUGAAGAAGAAGGCUGGGUCGUUACACAGGACGAAAAGAAAGCAAGAGGCCGGAGCCCGAGUGCAAGACGCGUUUGGCUCGAUACCACAGUGGCCGAAGAGUCGCCUGUUGACGGUGCUGACAGCCUGCAGCUGCCUUUGGAAGGCGCACGCUCAUCCCCGCAACCUCAGGAGCAGUCAGUACCUGUCACACCAGACGUGACCUCACCUUCAUCACCAAACGAUGUGUUCCAUUCUGCGACAAGCCUGCCUAUAGUUCAUAUCGAGACCCGCGAUUCAGACACGACCAUGCCUUCCAUCGUCGAGGACCGCUCAACGCAUCCUGAACCCACCGAUGCCGACAGAGAGCGUGCAUUGAGGAUCUUCAAUGGAAACGAGUCAGCUCUGCAAAAGUCGCAAGCUGCUGCUCUCCUUGGUGAUGUCACCCUCAGCAGUGCGCGCACCCGCAAAGCGUUCAUGGACCUCUUCGACUGGACUGGUUUCACUAUCCUUGCUGCGAUGCGUGACAUGUGUGGCAAGCUCGUACUGAAGGCUGAGACUCAGCAGGUCGAUCGCAUUCUGAUGAGUCUUUCAGAGCGAUGGUGCGAGUGCAACCCCAAUCAUGGGUUCAAGGAAGUCGACGUUGUUCACACUAUCUGCUACUCGAUUCUGCUGCUUAACACGGAUCUGCACGUAGCUGAUAUCGAGACCAGGAUGACCCGCAGCCAGUUCGUAAGGAACACUCUGCCAACCGUAACUCGAGUCUGCCAAGAUGCGAUCAAGGCAGACGAGACAUUGCGGCCUAAAUCAACUCAUUUCCGCAGGGGCUCCCUCCCAUGGAACGAGAAGUCAGAACCAACAACUCCCAGUGGCGAGCAGACAACCUUCCCUGCAGAUGUGACCGAGGAGACAGCAGAAGGCAAGCGAGCACGAAGCCGACUGUCAGUCAAACCACCUAUCAGAAGCGGCUCGGAGGGCAUAUUGUCUUUUGACUCUGUCGCAUCUGAGUCGAACACCCUUAUCAACACACCGUAUAAAGGCCCAAUGAAGGGGUGGGAAUUCCAGAUCGAGACAGUGCUCAAGGAGUUCUACGAGUCGAUUCGCAAACAACGCCUACCUCUCCAUGGAGCCUCCGACUUGACUGUUCACCACCAGUCUUCAUCCAAUAACCUCUCGGUGGCCGGCAUGCUGCGUCGCACGCCCAGUGUUUUGAGUAAAGCGCCUUCAGAUACGACUAGCUACCGUGGGCGUCCGCAAGCCGACUUCCGCAGCGUAGGAGCUCGUUGGGCCUCGAAGAACCGUUCCAAGCAGAGGCUGUAUCCUGCAUCAACAGUGGCAUCCAGCCGCACCAGCCUGGACGACACGUCGGUUUGGACCCCUGCAGGGUCAAGUACCUGGAGCCGCUACUCGUAUGGCAAGACGGGCACAUCCAUGUCAGUGGACUCGCUUGGCUCGCACUUUGCUGCUGGCGACUACCAGCAGGCUAUCGGUUUCGCCAAUGCCCUCAGCCAAGCCAUCAUCCGCGAAGAAGGCAUGACGAUUGCUAGUGACGAAGACUUUGCUCGCGCAGCACCACUCCUCGAAGACGAGUCCCUUGAGCUUGUCGGUGCGCCUUGGGCCAAGGAAGGUAUCUUGAAACAUAAGCAUCACCUAGAAACAGUCGACAGGAAGGCUAAAGACCGAAACUGGAGCGAGAACUUUGCUGUCAUUGAGAAGGGCUACAUGCGUCUGUUCUCUUUCAGCAUGAACUCAAAGUCUGCGCGGAUGAAGAGCAAGGCCAAGCCAGCUGCUGGUGGCAUCGUUGGUGGCGGCAACUGGAUGGACAACGCCGAAGUUCUGGAAGCUUUCCCGUUGCGACAGACUAUCGCCAGUGCUCUACCACCCCCAGGCUAUUCUAAGACAAGGCCUCAUGUAUGGGCACUGUCGCUUCCAACGGGCGCUGUUCACCUCUUCCAAGUCGGCACACCUGACAUCGUCCGCGAGUUCGUAUCUACCGCCAACUACUGGUCUGCCAGGCUAUCAAAAGAACCUCUCACUGGCGGUGUAAGUAGCAUGGAAUAUGGUUGGGGUGAGAACGUGAUCAACCCAGCCUUGAUUCGACAGGACAGCACCCCUUCGAUUCAGGGCCACAUGCCUCGUCCUAGCGUGGCAAGUUCUCUUCGUAGUUCGAUGGACCACGCGACAGGCGCACCAAGGGCUAGGCUCCCUGGCGAUAAGGUUGUUCUUUUUGAUUGGAGUCCACCGACUGCGAGCAUGAUGGCUAGCAAUCUGAUGGAAGUUGAUCAACUGAGAGCUCUUACCGACUACAUCAAAAAUAUUGAAGGAGAGCUGGCGCAUCACAACGAAUUGAGGGCGCCUCUGCUCAUCACUUUCUCUCCACGGCACCCCAAUGCCGCGAAAGCAAUGGCCAACUGGGAGCGCAAGUCGCAGUAUCUUCUCAAGGAGAUUGUCAAGUUUCGCACAUACAUCGACACAUUGACUCUUGCACAGAAUCAGAAAGAGAGGAUUUACGCCGAGCGGGAGGCCAACGGAGAAGCGCGUCUGGCAACGAACGAUGGUGCAGCCGGGUGCUCACCGUCAGACGAAGUUGAUGGUGCGAAAGAAGCCCCGAAAGCUUCCGAGCCCAUCAACGCCUAAUCUUUCCUACAUUUAUCUACGCUUGUUGUUUUGCAUAUACUGACGAAUCUCUUCAUGUACUGUUCAGGCCUUACACCUCUUCGACGAACGAUGCGGCGUUUACGAUUGCUUCAUUCAUCUAAAGUUACGCUGAGAGAGCGUCCUCACUCGAUAGCUUGAUGCUCUAUAUCCUUGUAAUAUCCCCUUCUUACUUCCAUUCUGCAUCUUGCAUGGUCACGACAUUACUAUCUUUCUGGUGUCGAAAGAAAAGUUACGAAGCAUCAUGUAUACGUAUUGUUCACCUGGAGCGGUUUGGGACUACAAUCCGGAGGAUCCAUUUUACCUUGAUAUGGGUGGAAGACGCCGUAUUUGGUGGAAGCAUUUGGUAGAUUCUUGAGAUG